AUGGAUGGGAACACCAGCAACGUUGUACGCCUUGCCAAGGCAUGCAGUAUAUGCAGACGAAAGAAGGUUAAAUGUGAUGGGACUCGGCCGGUCUGUGUCCCCUGCAGAACAUUCGACUUGCCCUGCAAGUACGAGGACACCGUGCGACGCAAGAAAAAGCACAACCGCGAGGAGCAUUUUGAUGAGCUCGAACAGCGCAUUCAGUCUCUACAAGACGAAUUAAAUGAAGCACAUGCGGCUAAGAGACUGCGACUGCCGAGUGACGAGAACACAGGCCUAGAGCAUGUCCAACAUUCAGAAGCAUCCGAUUCAGAGUUGCCAUCUCCGAGAAAUGACACCGCUCAAGCAUCUUUCGAGGCCGAGGCCGAUCGAGGCGAUGGCGACGGAGGGUCAUAUACCCUUAAAACUCCGAAAGGCGCGAUGCGAUUUUUUGGUGCAUCCUCUCAUUUUUCGAUUGUUUCCCCUGAGGGUGUGGGCUGGCUUGAAAGCAAGACGGGUAAUAAUGUAUGGCGCCAUGUCGCUCAAAGAAACAGCAGUCGAUGGAGGCUAGCCGACUGGUAUCCUCGAGCUCUUCAAGAUGAUUUCCAAAGCAGAUGCUCGCAACCCUUACCAUCGAAAGCGGUCAUCCUAGAUCUUGUCCAUGAAUAUUUUGACACGUUCAACAAGGCCCUACCGCUUUUCGGGCCCGAAAGUUUCAUGGGAAUGGUCAGCAGACACUUCUCAUGGAAUCCUAACGAAAGUCCCUCAUGGUGGGCUGCAUUCAAUAUUGUCCUUGCCUUUGCAUACAUGCGAAGGGCAGAGAGCUCCGGUGCCAGCAGCGACGACUGGCAAAAAUGCCUGGGUCAUGUCAAAAACGCAAUGAACGUGGUCACAGAGCUGUUCAUGCGAACCUGUGAUCUCCUCGCUGUUCAGGCGCUUCUUGGACUGGCAAUCUUCUUUCAAGGCACCCCAAACCCCCAACCUCUGUUCAUGUUUGCCGCCGCAGCUGUACGUCUGUCGCAAUCCAUUGGGUUGCACAAGUCCAACUCCUUUGGUCUCCCGGUGUCCCAGAUUGCAGAGCGGAGAAGGGUCUUCUGGAUAGCGUUCAUUUUGGACGCCGACAUCUGUCAGCGGACCGGCCGCCCUGCUGCCCAAGAUACCCGUGAUUACAAUACUUUACUGCCUCGCGAGAAUCCACCUGAUGGCUUAGGUGUGAUAGAGAUCGGGAAUACCAAAAUCAAUUUCUUCUCGGCACUAUCCCGAUUUGCUUUGAUCCAACGGAAGGUUUGUGAUGAGCUGUAUAGCACUGAGGCAUUCAAUAAAAACAAAGAACAGUUGAUGAAAGAUGUGAGGGGUUGCUUUGACGAUCUUGAAGCAUGGAAACGAAGUAUCCCACCGAUCCUCCGGCCCCGAAGAAACUUUUCGAUCGGCGACCAUGCCUUUCUACCGCACAUCCUCAGACUACACUUUGCAUAUCAUUGUUGCUACCUCAAUAUCCACCGAGUCUGUCUACUUCCUCGGCGCUGGCCGAAUAGCCCGCAGAAUGAGGGGCUCAGUCCCCCGGGUCUGUCGAAUGACCGAGAGAGAUCAGUGCAACAAUCAAUAGAAGCAGCGCGAGCGGCGAUUGAACUGAUCAGCCAAGUCCGAGGCCACUAUGGCCAAUCCUUUGAAUGGAGCAUUGUUUACUUCCCAGGGGCAGCUUUGGUUGCAUUGUUCUCCCAAAUACUCACUGAUCCGUCGCGUCCCGACACUGAAUCGGAUAUUACUAUGAUUCAUGGGGUUGUCAGUUUCAUAUCAAGGGUCGCAUCCCAAGAACAAGAUACAUACUUGGACUAUGUAUUGGCAUUGUGCUCUGACUUCGAAAGUGCAGCCAGGAAAGAGUUGCAUCGGGCCAGAAAUCCCGAGCCAGACUCCGUGGGUGAUAAUCAGCCAGUUGCCAUUCGUCCGCAAGGGCAAAUGUUGACACAUAAUGACUACUUGCCCCCGAACUCUUUCCCAGCUUUUUUCAAUCCUCCCCAGGCGACUGAAAAUGAUGACAGCAACAUUCAGUCUUCAAACACGAUGCCUACAGAUCAAAGUUUCUAUACUACAGGGCCACUACCGUUCCCCGCUCCUCUUUCUUGGAACUGGCAAGACAUGCUAGCAGGUGUCCCUCCGGCGUAUGAUUUUGGUGCAUAUGAUUUAGCUGAAAGCACUGGAGAGUUUUGA